CAGCAGGUACCGUACUCUAUACAUAAUUGGAUAGUAGUAUUGUGCGAAUAGCAAGACUCAAACUAUGUCUUUUCGGAUCCCCAUAGGACUUUCACUCUCGACUUUAAGACCUCGCCCAUCGAUCCCUACCUCUUUCCUCGCCAAGUCUUCUCGGUCUAUCCCUCUUCGACAUGUCUCCCUACUUUCUCGUCCACCUUCAAUACGGCCUUCCAACCCGCACCUACUGGUACCUUGUCUACCACGGUCUUUAUCAUCUAGACCACUUUCACUGCCAACUCAAAGAUACCUCAGUACCUCUCCCUCCACCCGAGUACGCCAGACUUACUUUCCCCGGACACCUCGACCUCCACCAGGCUUCAUCCGAAGAUUUUUAAGAAGGUUGGAUUCUUAUCCUUCAAUAUGGAUAAUAUAUGGGAUAAUCGGUUUGAAUGUUGGCGUGUUCCUUCUUUGGCAAUACGCCUGGCAGAGUUAUACACAAUUCCGAGAUCCUAGUCUUUAUCUGUGGAUGAAUAGAAACUUUGUGAUGAGUGAAGCGAACAUCAUGGCUGGAAGAAUAUGGACUUUAAUCACAUCGUCGUUCUCCCAUUCCUCCGGUCAACACAUAUUCAUCAACUGUCUCGGGCUAUAUUUCAUGGCUCCUCUCGCUGCGUCCCUCAUAGGGAGCUCCGCUUUCAUCGGCCUUUACCUCAGCGGUGGGGUAGUUGCUGCGAUUACAUCUCUUAUUUGGCACCGAUCCGUGGGCGUAAGGGAUAAUAAGCGUUGGGUAGGGUCAGAAGGUGCCAGUGGGGCCAUCUACACUUCCUUGGCAUUCUAUGGAGCUUUGUUUCCCCAGACCACAUUCUUGUUCUUCUUCAUCGUUCCGAUGCCGGCUUGGGUGAUGCUUGGCGGGAUCUUUGUAUACGACCUCUACAGCGCUACCUACCGUCCAAUGUCCGGCACAGAUUCUGCCGCUCAUGUCGGUGGAAUCCUUGCUGGUUUGAGCGCAGCGUGGGCUGUCAGACGCCGAGGACCUGGUGCUCUCCGGCGGUGGUAGGUAGGUUGCAGAUUUGGGCCUUGAAUCAUUUAUUUCUCUGUCAAAUGCCG